AUGCCGGCGGAAGCGGGGCGCGCCGCGGACUGUGCGCGCUCCUACGGGAUGAAGCUCAGUUGGGACAUCAACGAUCCGCAGAUGCCUCAGGAGCCAGCCCACUUCGACUGCUUCUGCGAGUGGCCGGAUGGCUACGUGCGCUUCAUCUAUCGCAGCGACGAGAAGAAGGCGCAGCGCCACCUGAGUGGUUGGGCCAUGCGCAACACCAACAACCACAAUGGCCACAUCCUCAAGAAGUCGUGCCUGGGCGUGGUGGUGUGUGCGCGGGCCUGCGCCCUGCCCGACGGCUCCCGCCUGCAGCUGCGGCCUGCCAUCUGCGACAAGGCUCGGCUGAAGCAGCAGAAGAAAGCAUGCCCCAACUGUCAUUCUGCUUUGGAAUUGAUUCCCUGUCGAGGGCACAGCGGAUACCCUGUAACCAAUUUCUGGAGGCUCGAUGGCAAUGCCAUAUUUUUUCAGGCCAAGGGAGUUCAUGAUCACCCAAGACCAGAGAGUAAAUCGGAGACGGAAGCUAGAAGAAGUUCCAACAAGAGACAAAUGGCCUCUUUGUACCAACCCCAGAAAAAGAGAAUUCUAGAACCAGAGGCAGGAGAGGAUCAAGACAACAGUGGACAUUUCAACAACAUACCUCCCCCAGAAAAUCCAGAAGAGUGGGAUAUAAUUACUGACACUGGCUUCCCUAUUCCAGCGCAGCCUUGCUUUGCUUUCCUAAAUUCUGAUGUUUACAAGGCUGCCUGUGACCUAGCCACCUCUCAAGGAGACGUAAUGCCACCCUUUCAGAAAUAUCCAAACUCAAGAAUCUGUUUGCCUAGGCCACCUUGCAGCUAUGAAUUGGCAGGUCCUGGUUAUACAAAUUUGAACCCAUAUCCCACCCUUUAUAAAGAUGCCAGCAAUAACCCUAAUGACACAGACUGGGUUCGUCUGAAUGCACUACAAUAUAACGUCAACUCAUACUGCAGCUUCGAGAGAAGCUGUGAUCUCGCCUGUAAACAACAUGGCUGGAAACCAGCUCUUGGAAAACCUGGCCUUGGGGAGAGGACUGACCCUGGACAGUUCCAGGCCGCUCACCCUUAUUAUAACCCAGAGCUUCCCUGCAGGUAUCUCACGACUGCCCCCCCAGGUGCUCCAGCCCUACAGACCGUGAUCACCACCACCACCAAAGUGUCCUACCAGGCCUACCAACCCCCUGCUCUGAAAUACUGUGACAGUGUGCGGGAAGCUAAGAACCUUUCGGACUGUAACUAUACUUCUGAAAACACCCCAGUGUCUGUCUAUCCGGAAACCUUGGGCCUUCCAGCUGCAGUUACCAGGGCAGCCUCUCCAACAGGGUCACUUCCUUUGAAAAUUCUAGGAGAUGGCAGGCCCAUCAGAACCACUUUGACUUUUCCUCAAGAGUCAGUUCCCCCCAGGACAGACAGAGCAGAGACCUGGGAUGUGUGUGCAUCGGGACUGGGGUCUGCAAUCUGUUACUCAGACAGAGUUAGUCCAUUCUUUAGCUAUGACAAUGAGGAGUUUUAA